AGUCUGGGACAUUUCAAACUGGCACCACCUCCUCUGGCUGCUUGUGAGGCCAUCCGGAGGCCAGGGCUCGGUCAGAUGAACGGAAAAGUAAAGAGAGGACCGCAGAGUCUGAGACCUUUGCGCAGAGGGCUGGAGUGUGGAGAGGGGCGGGAGGGAGAAUCAGGAGGAGGGCGCUGGGUGCGGAGGCCCCACCUUUCAUUCCAGAGCUGUACCGGCCGGGGCGGGAUGAGUCACGACUGGUUGGCUCCGCUGUGCGCCUUCCCAUAGGUGAGGGACUCGGACCUCUCCGUGGGUAAACUGUGCCGCCUGCUCGUCCUAGCCUUGGCCUUGGUUGGGUGCUGGAGUCCUGGGUCUGCCGGGUUUGGCCUCUGGGGCCACGACUGGCUUUCCCUGAUGUAUGGCAAGAGCCCCGCGCUUGUGCUUCCACUUCUCCUGAGUUUACAGCUCACAGCCCUUUGUCCUACAGAAGCUGUGGAAAUUUACACCUCCGGGGCCCUGGAGGCAGUCAACGGGACAGAUGUUCGGUUAAAAUGCACUUUCUCCAGCUUUGCCCCUGUGGGAGAUGCGCUAACUGUGACGUGGAAUUUCCGACCUCGAGAUGGGGGUCGUGAGCAGUUUGUAUUCUACUACCACAUGGACCCCUUCAGGCCCAUGAGCGGACGGUUCAAAGACCGGGUGGUCUGGGACGGAAACCCCGAGCGAUAUGACGUCUCCAUCUUGCUCUGGAAGCUGCAGUUUGACGACAAUGGGACAUACACCUGCCAGGUGAAGAAUCCACCUGAUGUUGAUGGUCUGGUUGGGACGAUCCGGCUCAGCGUUGUGCACACUGUGCCCUUCUCUGAGAUCUACUUCCUGGCCGUGGCCAUUGGCUCUGCGUGCGCACUGAUGAUCAUCGUAGUGAUCGUGGUAGUCCUCUUCCAGCACUUCCGGAAAAAGCGAUGGGCGGACAGUGCUGAUAAAGCCGAGGGGACAAAAUCAAAAGAAGAGGAAAAACUCAACCAAGGAAACAAGGUCUCUGUUUUUGUGGAAGAUACAGACUAACACUUCGAGAAGCUGAGGAUUUUUGAGGACACCAUCAGCACCCCUUGAAAUCAAUAGAAAUGUUUCCAGCGAUGACCUGUCUGUCGUCCUACAGGUUCUGCAGCACAAACCUGCCCAGAUGAGCAACGCCCCUGCCUGGCAGCUUUGGGUUCUGCCUGAGCUACUAGACUCAGACUUACCUUCGUUGCUACGGUUCUAUCUAAUUCCAGAGUGCAAUUGUGUGUUAGCUUUUGCAAACCAAGAGGUUACAUAUUUGUCCUUCCACAUUCCUAUGGUGUGUGACUCCCAUAUUUCUGUGCAUCAGAGGGGUAAGAAGCCAACUAGCUUGUCUGCCAGAACAUACCUUCUCAUAUUUUAGUUUCUUUAGAACAGCACACAGGUGUGCUCAGGGGUCUGAAGAGAUAGCUCAUCUAUCCUCUUGCAGAAGAUCCCAGUUCAGUUCCCAGCAUCCAUUUGGUGGCUCACAACCAUCAGUACCCAGUUUUAGGGGAGGUGACACUCUCUUCUGGUGUCUGCAGGCACUGAAUGCAUGUGAUACAUGCAGGCAGAUACCCCCCCCCCAAGAUAAAAAUAAAUUAAGUCAUAAAAAGAUGAGCUAACCAUUCCAGCCACUUUUGAUUAAUACCAAAAUCCAAAGUCACACAGGAAGUCUGAUUUUCAUGGCUAUCUUUAAAUGGAAACAUCUUGUUUUACUGAUUUUUUUUCAGUAUCCUAGGUUUAUUGUUUUGUCAAUUAUUCCAAGGUUUAUAGAUGACAGCGCAAAUCUAAGCACAAUAAUGACAAAAGGUCACAAGAACACCAGGACACCAGCAAGUGCUACCAGGAUGAAUCUCUCAGCAUCACUUUUGUAUUUAUUUAUUUAUUUUUAGUCAGGUUCUCACUAUGUAGUGCUGGCUGCUCUAGAGCUGACUAUGCAGUGUUGGCCUGAAACCUAGAGACACCCCCUGCCUCAGCUCUCAAGUGCUUCACUCAAGGGUGUACCCCCACAUCUAGCCCGACUGUAGGUUUGUAAUGAGCACAGACAGCGUGCUUGCUGUGUGCUCCCUUUUACCCCCAGCUCAACAUUCUCUUCAUUUGCAGACUGGAGCCCUUAAGCAAUUUAUUAGAAGACUUCGUGAUACACGAUAACUUUAAAAGAAAAUAGACUUGUGAAGAAGGCCAACUCAAAGCAAAUGACCAUUUUUUUUUUCAGUCUUAUGUGUGAGAACUGGAAGAGAUUAUUUAAAAUACUUUUGGUUUUAAUUCACCUUACUUUAAGGAGAAUUUGCCAUGGGCCAAAGACUACCUAAAUGGAAAUAACCAAUUUUAUUUUUCCCUUUAUUUGAGUAUAAAGCAAACUUUUCAAGUGGCCUAUGGAAAGAAGAGGGAUGGCUUUCUUCUUUGUGUCUGGUUACAUGGUCUGUGCACACUAGCAUUGUUUGGAGAACAGAGACCAUCUAAAAGUUCAGGUCCAGGGUGAAUCUUUGCGAUGUGAUGGUUUAGUCUUCACUGACUGGGCCACACAGACUAUUUCUUUUUAACAAACUGGAAUUUCCAAAAGAUUCUAUUUCUACAUAUUGGAUCUUGUAAUUUUACCCAGUCUUUACAAACAAAUUGGCAUAAUUUAAAUAUAAAUUUUGGUCUUGAAAUUCAUUCUAUACAUCUUGUUCCACUUUUUAAAAUGCCUAAAAAAGGUUUUGUUUUUAUUUCUCUCCCUCCCCCCCCCUUAAAAAUUAAGACAGGGUCUCACUACUAUAUAGUUCUGUCUAUCCUAGAACUUGCUCUGUAGACCAGGCUGUCCUUGAACUCAGAGAUCCUACUGCCUCUGCCUCCCUAGUGCUAGGAAUAAGGGCAUGUUCCACCAUACCCUGGUCUAAAAUUUUGAUACCUAGUUUUGAAGCUACAAGUUAGAGCUAUAUUUUCUCUUGUGAAUAUAACAACUGGAUAUUUCUUUAAACAGAUGGCCUGUGUAUAUUUCAUAUUUGUAAUGAAGUAGUUAAAAACUCACAGAGAAUGUCUCCAGGGAACUUGCAGCUUGUGUCUUGUUUGAAUACUCAUGGGAUAUCAGGUUCUUGUUCAGUGUCUCCUUCCUAAGAGUACUUUUGUACUGUAACUUAUUUUUUAUUAUGCAUGAAUCACUGUGUAAAUAAACCCUUAGUAAUAAAGAACUAUGAUUUUUAUUAUUUGCUUACAAAC